CCAUGCUACGAGGUGGCUGUAGAAUUACACAGUAACUAUAUCAAAGUUUUAUGUCGUUUCCAGUGAAAUAAAACAUUCUGCUCAGAUUAUUUGAAGAAGCCAUUUUAUGUAAAAAUACAGUGAAACAUCAAGGUGAGAUGAAACCGGCUGUUUGGUACCUGUCGGCCUUCGUUAUAAUACUCUUCUACCUUUACCUUUCUGCUGUUCAGUAUGUUCGCGGAGUACAAAUAGACUACACCUACCACAACUAUGAACAGAUGACUAAAUUAUUGCAGGACAUUAGUAGAGAGCAUCCCGACUUUGCGCUGCUCUAUUCUAUUGGGAAAUCUGUUCAAGGCAGGGAAUUAUGGGUAAUGGUCGUAUCUCGUUACCCGAACGAAGAACCACUUCUUAAGCCUAAUGUGAAAUACGUAGCUAAUAUGCAUGGCAAUGAAGCUGUUGGCAGAGAACUUAUGCUCCACUUAAUCACUUACCUCAUUAACAACUACUAUACUGACAACUAUGUCAGAUGGUUAGUAGAUACCACACGUAUUCAUAUCAUGCCUUCAAUGAACCCGGAUGGGUUCGAAUCUGCCAUAGAGGGUCAAUGUUCUGGGGGCCAGGGAAGGUAUAAUGCAAGAGGUUUUGACCUGAAUCGCAACUUUCCAGAUUUCUUCAAGAGCAACAAUAAACAACAGCAACCUGAAACAAAAGCUAUGAGAGACUGGCUUGAAAGCACUCAGUUUGUGUUAUCAGGAAAUCUUCACGGCGGCGCUCUUGUCGCCAGUUAUCCUUUCGACAACGAAGCUACCAGUAUGUUUUCGACUUUUAGUUCACCUUCCUUGACGCCAGAUGACGACGUUUUCCGACACUUGGCUGCCGUUUAUUCCUUUAAUCACGAAAAUAUGCACCUUGGAAUUCCCUGUAGAGAUGGUACCCCCGGUUUUCCCAACGGCACCACAAAUGGUGCUGCUUGGUACCCUUUAACGGGUGGCAUGCAAGACUACAAUUACGUCUGGGGCGGCACGAUGGAGGUGACUUUCGAGAUAUCUUGUUGCAAGUUCCCGCGAAGCACCGAAAUCCCUCGGUAUUGGCAGGAAAACAGGAAGGGCUUGCUUCACUUCCUAGGGGAAGUGCACAAAGGCGUGAAAGGAUUUGUGAAAGAUUCGAGUAAUAACCCCAUUCCGAAAGCUGCCCUGAAGAUUCGAGGUAGGGACAUGACGUUUUAUUCUACUAAAAGAGGAGAAUUUUGGAGAAUUCUGUUACCUGGAUCGUAUAUAAUAGAGGCAAGAGCGGAAGGAUACAAACAGUCUGAGGCGGAAUUCAUUGUCACUUCUCAGGAAGUUACCAUCCAGAACAUCACUAUGUAUCCGACUAGAGUGGUAAGUGACCAGUCACAAGUAUCUUCUGAAGGUCCUUGGGAUAAACUUCUAGAUAACGGGCAGGAAGUUAUUGCAACGGCAGGACCAACUGUCAAUGGUGACAGCAGUACUGACGUGAAUCAUUUAGAUACUAAUGAAAAAUACGACGAGUCAGUUGAGAAAUUACCUGCUGCAUCCGAGCUUGAUGAAGAUGAGUACGCAUCUGGUAUAGGAAGUUCGAAAGAAGAGGAGAAAUUCAAGUUCAAUUUGACUGAUUUAGCUUUUCCACCAACAGCUGAUGCUGUCUCUGCUGCUAGUAUCAUAGAUGGCCAUAUCUGUUUGAUUUGGUUAUGUAGUUAUUGUGCAGUAUUGAUAACAUUAUCUCUGAGCUGGCGAUUCUAUCUUUAAUCGAGGGAGACGGCUAUUUGCUGGACUGUUACUCGAGAAUGAAAUGCACAUAAAACGAAAGUUUUAAUCAAUGAAUUCAGUGUUAAAGCUCAUAAAAAUGGCGGAAAGAAAAUUCAAAAAGUACUGAUAGAAUUAAGACGCGUCAUUACGUUUAACAACCAUCUCUUCCAGAUACUUUUACACUUCAUUAACCUCAUUUUUGUAUAUUUAUUGCCAUUGACUGCAAAUGAUAACGAUCGUUUUUCGGUUAUUACCUUGAGUCAUGUUUCUAAAUCAGUUACUUGUUUACAUAUGGAAAGGACAUUUAAAAAUUUAAAAGAUAGCGUCUAAAUGCGAGUGUAAGAAUGUCAGUACAUUGUGUGUACUGUUAAUGCUGUAAAUACUAUACAAAAUCGAUCUUCCAUAUAUAUUCAUAACCACUUUGUGUACAGAACGAAAUAUUUGUAGGUAUAUUAAACGCAGAAGAUUAUAUAAAAGAGCGAACAUCUAUACUAUAGUGUUGCAAACAAUUUCUUAUACGCAUUUAAACUUGUAAUUUUGCUAAAUAAUAGAUGAAAAUUAAUGAUCACGUGUUUAUAACAGAAAUGCGAUGUUUGCCAUAUUAAGUGACGUACUUCUUAAUGGUAACUUACCUUUGACAAGUAUUCUGUUUUCAGUUAAGAAAGCAUAGCAAAAUUUGUUUUUUAAAUUUCAGCUAUGCUGUAUUACACUUUCUAUACUGUUUUAUUAUAUUUUAUGAACUUCAUGAUAAAGUUCUAGUAUCUAUUGCACGUAUUUUCAUUCGUUUUUAAUGAAAAUAUUCAUUUCUGUAUCAUAUUAUGAAUUUAAACCAUGUUAAUAUAAUGACCUUAAAAAUCAUGUUGAAAUUGGUAUUAUUAUUUUUUAUCUGUUAGAUACAGCAAAUUUGUUUAGUAUUCUGUUAUAGGAAACGUGAGGCACACGCCAAUACGCGAGCGAUUUCUCUGAUUAGAAAAUUUACGGUUCCCAACUUCUAAAAAUUUCGAUUCGGUCAGGGAAAAACAAAAGUCUUUCUUGAAUAAUUGACGAUUCUAAUUUAGAUAAAAUAUUUUAAAUGCAAAAUACUUGUGGAAAACUUUGAAGUUAAAACACAUAUUUUGACGCAUGGCCUCUUUUUUUUUCACUGAGCUUUUCGUUACAAUUAUAUUUCAGCAAUGUGCUUUCUAUAACGUUUAAGCAAUGAAAACCUUUUCUUUGAAUGACAGACACAUUUUGCGAUGAUUUUAUUAUUAGGUGCUUUUAGUUAUUUUAAUUUUCCUAAAUUUGAAUAUGAAUCUUUCAGAAAAUUUUUCCUUAUCGGAAUUUAUAAAUACAUGCAGUAAUAAUAAAUUAUAAAUAUUAUCUUUUAUUUUCUUUAACCACUGCAUGUUGGUUUUGAUGCCAAAGUUUUAUUUCGGGAUUAGGGCAGAGCAAUACGGACUUUCGCUCAAAAAUAAGUAAAAUUACGGUAUGCUUAAUUAAAUCAUAAUUGCUAGGUUUAGCACAUCAAAUAUGUGAAUUCAGAACAUCUGAAUGAUUUAAAAUCAUAAUUUAGAUGUAUUGCAUGUUUAAUUUAUGAUUAUCAAAUCUAAUUAUUUACUUUUUGUGCAAUCGUUUUUCCAGUCAAUUUUAAAUUCUGACAUAUAUUGUACUUCACUUAAUGUUCAAAGAGUAUUUAAAAAAGAGGAAUUCAACUUCUAGUAUGGGUCAGCUUCUGAAAAAAUAAUAUAUGUUUUUCAAAGACUAUUGUGAACGUUAUUUUCAUAACAAAUUUAGUUUUGUACUUUUAUUUCAUCAAUGUUUUUAAUGUUAAAAAUUUCUUUUAAAAUGGAAAAUCACCAGUCUAGUAAACUCACACUUUUUCAAUCGUGCAAUUUCUUUCCGAAUAAUAUUGUAAUUGGUGUUAAAAUGAGACAAGUCUAGUAAAGAUAAUAAUAUGAUGAAACACGUAUCUUAUACUAAAAAAAUGUGAAUAUUGUAAAAUACUUGUAUAUAUUAAAAUAUCUUGGCAACAUUGAUGCUAAAGAUAAAAAAAAUAUCUGAUAUCUGAGAAUAGUAAGGAGGAAUAUUAAUAUGUAAUAAUUAAAUGUUUAAUGUGCAUAAAAGUGUACAAUCUCUUUUCUGCAGUUUGAUGUUGUUGCUUUACCUUUUUCAACCUCUGUGCCUUCGCCUGGGUGGUUUACUCCUCUUGACACUCAGGGUGUCCCGUAUGACAGGAGACUAGAACUGGUUUGUUGGACUUGGCGAGGUAUCAACAAUUUCAUUUCUUGUGCUUGGCAGGAAAGUUUCCGAAAAUUAGCUUAACACUAAUUUUUUCAGAAAAGGAAUAUUUGACUACACGAAAUAUUUGACUGACUAAGAGACUGCAGAAAAUAAGCUGCAUUUUGGACUCAUUGUGGACACUUCAGAUGUUUUGUUUUUGACAUGUGGAUGCCAUCUACUUGUAGUUAUAUUGUUUUCAAACUUGUUAAGUGUUAGCUUUGUAAGUCAUUUAUUCUUACGCAUUUACAAGUCAUAGUAUAACCUUUGUGUGUUUUGGUAUAUAGCUACUGCUGAAUUCUUUUCACUCGUAUGCCAACUCGUAUUCACUCUUUAUUAUAUCAACUCAUUGACUAGCACAUAACUCAAUCCAUAAACUGUUACAAUAUGCCGAGCCAAUAACCACAAAACAAGCUCGACACAUCAUAAAAGCUCCAUACUGAUUCACUGAGGGGCAUAUUAGUUCAGCUCUUUACCUAUCUAGCAGUUUAGAUGCAAUCGUUAAAUUGCUUACUCCAAUAAUUAACCAUUACAUUCUUUAGAUACGUUUAAAUACCAUACUCCCUAGAUCCAUUAAUCAAAACCAUUCCUUCAUCAGAGAUUAUGUUUUAUGUUUCGAAACACGUAUAUUAGUUUUGAUAUAUGUUAUAUUUCUUCCUGAAAUGACUCCCAUGUAACAGGAAUUAAGUAUACCAAUUUUGAUAGACAUUGCAUUUCUUUCGGAAAUGAUUUCCAUAUAGCAGUAUUGUUAUAUGUCGUGACAGCUUUCACUGUUGCACGAAGAGUGUUUAAGAAAGCAUCCAUUACUAAAUAUCUCUGUAAUUAUUCGUCAUGAACUAAUGGUCUCUGUCUAACGAAUGAAUCAAAUGAAAAAGACAUUUAGACAAUGAUAUGUUUUAUUAUUUAACACCUUUUAGUAAUUUAUUUAUUAUAAUUUACAACUUUCAUCGAAUAAAACCUUUUACACUUCUUCUUUUAUGAAAGUUGAAGUAAGAUUUUUCUGAUCUUACAAAGCAUCUGUUAUUAAAAACAAAACGUUGCAAUAUAUGAAAAAUAGGUCUUUGAAAGAAAUCAGAAAUGGAAAAAAGUGGCAUUUGAAGAAUCAUAAAAACUAUGUUUAAUUUAAUGCAAAAAUCUGAAUUUUAACUUUUGUACUAAUAGGAAUUUUAGGUAAAAAUUUUAAAUUAGUGUGUUUCUUACGUAAAGUAUCUUUUUAAAAUUUUUGUUUCGAAAGUCUAACAUACGUAACCGUCUUCAGCAAUCUUUGUAUGCGGUCUUUCUAAACAUUUUGGGUAUGUUUUAUCAUAAGAAUAUAACUUUUUCUCCUUUAGUAUUAUUGUAUGAGUAUGGUCUUCCCCCCUCUAUCCUGUAGCUCUAUUACAUGAUUAUGGUCUUUUGACCCCUUCUCCAGUGGAAAUAAUUUAUUUUUACUAAUACGCAUCGUUUGAAAAAGGUUUUCGAAUACCGGAAACUGUUAUAUUAAUCUCAUACACUACAACUCUCGCACACAUUAUUUGAUUCAUUUCCUUAACUAGAAAUUUGAUCCACGACUAAACAUUUCAAUAGUCGUGCAAUCUUUUUAAACAUAUUGCAUGUAAAUUAAAGAUUAUAUAAUUAAACUAUAAAAUUGGCUUUAUUGAUAUAGUAUUUGAGCAUCUGACGAUAGACAUUUUAGAGGUAUUUUGAUUAAUUUUAUUAUUCAUUUUUUAAUUUUAAUUAUGUGUUUACAUUACUUUAAACAUCAUUCAUUAUCAUUUCAGUUAAAAAACUUUCAUUCGUUUUUAUUUAAAUUUUAAUGUCUGGAUUUAUUUUAGCCAUUAAAAAUGUAUGCAUAUUAUAAAAUUUUUAUUUUGUUAAUAAUUGUUAUGACUAAUUAGUAAUUACAACUAUAAUCAAUAACAUCGCUUUAAAAAAAGUGCUAAUAUCAGUAUUUUAGAUUCUAGUGAUUUUUUGGAAUUGCUCUGAAUUUAAAUGAACUAUUUAUAUCGUGUAUUUUACUACCACUGAUAUAAUUAUUUUCCUUAGUUUAAAUUAAUGGAAGAAUAGUUCUGUUGAUAAAAUAACUCUUCAAAUGCAUUUUUUCCAUCCUAAAAUGUAAUUUGAAGUCAAAGUUAUAUAGUGUCACAUCAGCAAUAUUACGAGAGAUAAUAUUUAACGAUGUUAUUUUUAAUUCUCACAGUUUAAUAUUCCAGCAUCUUAUAAAGCACCAUACUUCAUUUAUUCGGGUUAUUAUAAACUUUAAACAAAUAUUUUUAGAAGAAUGUUAUUCACUUAUACGUCAGAAUUUUAAAUUACGAAAGGAAUAUUUUUGCAUUCUUUUCCAAACUUAACUUUAGCAUUAACUUGUCAAAGUUUCCGGAUCUACCAUUAUUCCAAAAAUGUAAUGCAAUAAUUAUUAAUAAUUAUAAAUUAUCAAAUUAAUUUUCUCCAAACUCGAAACGUAAAACUCGACAAAAUGGCUGAAUAUCUUCCUUUUUGAAGUGAUUAACUUUUAUGAUGGAGAAGAGUUACUAUUUUGUGGAUGCAGUUUUACGGAUAUGGUCGAUCUGAUAUAUCUGUUACAUUCUCAUAAAAAACUUUAAAUAUAUCAUUAUAGCCUAUAUAGCCCUAUUUUGUACAUAGGAAUUACCACACUGAAAGAUAUGAACCAUACAUUACAAAUUAUACUUUCGACGAUGCACAUAGCAGCUGAAGCACGAAUUUUGAUUUUCAUGUAUAUUAAUAGUCCGAAUCUCGAUAUAAUUAGAGCAUUUAUCAAUGUUUAUGUGUGAUACAUUUUGCUUGUAAAUAUAUGAAAUUAUCAUAAAAAAAUUAAUUUUCGUAAUAUAAUCAUGCUUUGUUUUAAAUAUUCAUGGAUUAAAAAGCAUUUAUUACGCUGUUUGUGGAUAAAUAUUAAUACUAAAUAACCCAGGUCAAAAAGACAUAUCUAGACUAAUUGAAAGUGAACAUUUAAGUAUUUGUUAUUGAAUACUAUUAAAUAUCCUUGCUGAGAAAAUCUCCUGAGGUAAAAUACUGCCGGUGUGUUUUCCUCAUUUUUACUUUUAAUACAAGUUUGGAAAUAACUUUAUUAAGAAUAAAGACUAACGAAAUUUUAUCCUGUACUAAUCAGUAAUUAAUUUUUAUAUCUCUAUAUAAAUUUGAAAUUCAAUUGAGCAUUUCUUAAAAUUAUUAAUUUAGCGAGAUUUAAAAGCUUUUUUAAAAUUUGUAAGCUUUUUAACUGCUUCAUCUUAAAAAAAAACGAUUUUACAGACAUAGCUAAAUUUAAUUUAAUAACUAUACUGCUACUAUAUAAAAUUUCAUUAAGAAUACUACUUCGUGUAUUAUUGCUUUUUACUAAGUAUUCAUCAACCAAAUUAUGCAGAUAAAAUGUUUGUUUGAAAUAGUAUCUGCUAGCGGAAAUUGAGAAUAGUAAAUCUAUGUUUUAGAAUAAAAUAAAGAUUUGCUAUUCGUGAACUGUGCUUUUGUAUUUAUUGCUUUUCAAAUAGAAAACUUUUUGUCACUUUAUUUUAAAAUAAUUUUGUUGUAAUAUAAAAUUAUAAUAUUACGAUAUAUUCAUUUCAGAAAUCAUGUAACGUUAAUAUAUAUAGGAGGAAGUUGAGUGCAGAAUCCUUCAUUUUGAGCAUUAUACACAUUCUUAAGUGUAACGUUUACAGCAUAGUGGGCCACCGCAAUCCGCAUAACGAUUAUCGAUUUCAAUCCGGAAUAAGGCAUGGGCGUUUGCACUUGUAGUGCCUUUUGGAUAUAUUGGAGCAAUCAAAAUCUAGUAGAAAAUCUGUCGAGAAUCUGAUGAUAGAAAAAAGAAAGUCUGAGUCACUCGAAUUCAGUCUUCAUGGAUACUUGCGGCAAAUACUGGGAUGGAGUUUUCGAAAAUGAAGGGUUUUGCUCUUGUGAUCCUAAUAUUUUAGUUUACCAAUAUGAUCUUCCAUUUACAGCUGCUAUUUUCCUGUGAAUCAGAAUAAUGAAUAUUUCGAUUAUCACCAUACUGAAAUCUUUUUAAGCCUCCCUUCACUAACGCUAAAACAUUUAUUAAAACAUCCUAAUAUUCGCUAUUAAUUUGCACUAUAUCCCAAGUGCAUUUUUGAUAGAAAUUACAAAUACACGUGCAUUUUGGAUAGAAAUCUGUAGAUGCGCAUAUUUGUUUUUGGUAUGCUAAAGCAAUAUUUAAAUAAUUUUGGUGCGAAGCCUCAUGUAAAUACUUUUUCCUUAUUGGAAUACACUAAUUAAAAGCCAUAAUUCCCAGCGUCAAAUGAAGUUUAUGGUAUUUUUGUGCUGUUUUAUGCAUGAAAGGGAAGUUCAUAUAAUACCCAAAAAUAUACCAGUUGAUGUGUAAAAACUUAGUAAGACAAAAUAACGGUAAGAGUAUAAAUAAACGGAAAAUGCUCAGCUAUAAAUCCUUUCGAAAUCUGCACUGAGAAUUUUUAUUCAGCAAUAAAACCAAAGUUUCCAGUUCUGUGGAGCAGCGAUUUUAGUAUUCGGGGUACAUAAUAUAUUUGAAUAAAUCUCUGUCACCCGCAAAGUGUAUUACUCACUAUUUCAAACUUCUUUUCAGCACCGAGAGCUGUAAAAUAGGAGAGAAAUAGGCAAAAAAACUUCGUCAGGUUCAAGACAAAAAUGUACUUCAAGAAUCGAUAAAUGCGGUUUUUCAUUCAGCAACGGAGUUUCUGAGUAGGAGAUUAAAAAAUAUUUUAUUUUCUCUAUAACUCAUGUGCUCGUUUUCUGUUCUUCCUCGUUUGUUUAUAAAAUAACAAGAGAGUUUAAUCUAUUCUCCAUAACGUUAAACUUCCUUACAUAAAAAGGGUUUUCUUAUAUUCAUAAAACUGAAAAUAAGUUUAAACAAAUAUUUUUUCGAUAAAAAGAAUUUAUAAAACAUUAAAUUAUUAUUUCUUCGAAAUUUGAACUCUGAAACUAUAUUCCAAAAACAAAGGUGCUUUUGUAUUGCAGGGACUACGCCAAAAGCACAAAACUAUCGUUUGUGCGUUCUUUGAUAGUUUUUAAUAUUCAAACACACUAAAAAUCAUUUAGAUAAAAAUUUGAUUUGCGUUUCAAAGAAAUAUAUUUUCUAAUUUUUUAUGAUGCUUUACAUUGUACGAAAAGAAUAAAAAAUAAUAUUUUUCGAAAACAAAAAGAUUAUAUAAUUUCUUAGCGAAAAGAAAUUGCGUAGUUACUUAGGAAAUUGCGUCAUGAUCCAAUUCACAUGACAAGCCUUGAAACUCAUUUUCGAAACAACAGUUUUGUAAAUUUGUGUUUUUGAUGUCGACAGUAUGUAUUUUCUUAUAUUUGCCAUUAUUUGGAGAAAUUUACCUUUAAAUAAGUUUAUUACGUUAAAGUUAUUCUCUAAAACGAUAAAUGAUAUUGCAAGUUUAGCAUAUACAUAUAGGAAUUUCCUGCGACAAUACUAAUUUGCAGAAAUUCCUUACGAAAUAACAUGUGUCAGUAAACAUACAUAAAAACAUUAUUCUAAGCACAUAACACAAUCCACCUGCGAGCAAAAAAGGAAUUAUUUCACUAACUACUAAGUAAGGGAAGUAAAUAUUUUUUUAGUUUUUCAGCUAAAUUUGUUCCUGAUGAAAGCAGAUCGUGAUGUCUCUCAAAAUGCACUGAAUCACUUUAUGCGAAAUUAAAGAAAAGAUUAUGUUUUGGUAAUUACAGAUAUUCAGAUAUAGUUCAGCAUUACAGAUAUAGUUCAGCAAGCAGUAAUUCACUGUAUGCUGCUUAUAAAAUGCUGUUAAUAAUAACUGCCUAUGUUGAUUAAAUAUUUACCAUUUAGACAUGCAUUAGUUUGCGGGUAAAUUAUUUACAAGUCAAUACAAAAAAUGUUUGCGCAUUAUACAUUGAGAUUACGAUAUAUGUUACAGAUUGCAAAUUAAUGAUUCAUAUUUAUGAAGUGUCAUUCACAACUGCGACAUUCCAUACUAUUUACCGUCUCUACCUAGAUAAGACUAGAUUAUAUAUUCAUUUUUUUGUAAUACACUCUUCUCAUUUUAUGAUUUUUGAAAGUCUGGGGUGAACGUUUUCCGUAGUUUUCCAAGCUCCUACUAACAUAUUUAUUAAAACCAUUAAUAUUAUAGCUCUAGUAACUUCUGAAAACUUUCAAAAUACUUUAUGAUGUAUGUGUUUGGAUGAAAUCAUCUAGCCCUCUCUCUCAAAAGAAAAAAGAAAUUUUUAAAUUUCCUUGUGAUGGAAAAUUCAGUGGAGUGAUAUUCUCCUGUAAGAAACAGUCUUCCAAUUUGUCUUACUAAUAAACUGUUGAAUUUUUAUACUAAA